AUGAAGGUGACCUGCUUGCUGGCGCUUCUGGCGCUAGCCGUCGUCCAGGCACAAUCCCGAAUCAGUCGAUGGGGUGCAGAGGCUCACGUGAGGUCAAAAAGAGAAUAUGAGAUGCACAGUUGGCUUACGGAGGAGCAAAAAGAGGCGCUUAAAGAGCUCAAAGGGAAAUCAGUGGAAUUUCGUGACAAGGUGCUUGAGUUCUACAAUCAACUUCCUCAAGAAAAACGAAAGGAAUGGGAUGAAUUCUACAAGAAGGAUUGCGUGGCAUGGAUUAAAGAAGUAGCCACCGAAGAAGAAAUAAAGGAGUUGAAGGAGCUUAAGGAAAAGAAAGAUAAGGAGACAUUAUUGGCGAAGGUGCGCGCCUACAAAGAUCGUCUUCCAGAAAAGAAGCGGAAAGGAGUAGAAUUAUACGAGGAUACUUGCCUUGAGCUAUACAAAGACGAACUAUCACGGAAGCGGCGUGAUAUUGACAAGAAUUUUGAAGAAUUCACCAAAUGGAUGACCGAGGAACAGAAGAAGGAGAUAAAUGACUUGAAAGACGCCGGGAAAACAUUCGAAGAGCUCCGCGAGAAAACAGUGAAAUACUUCGAGGCGUUGCCAGCCGACAAGCAGGAAUCGCUGAAAGAGGAGUUCAAGGGGAAAUGCAAGGCGUUCUUCAAGAAAAUCUCAACUCCUGAAGAAAUGGAAAAAAUGAAAGCAUUGCAUGAAGCGGGUAACGAUGAUGAGAUCCAUACUUUGCUGAAGGAUGUGAUUGCACGUCAAAGCGGUGAUGAUCAAAAACUCUCCAAAAAAAUGCAAAUGCUUUGCACCGACGUAUUUGCCGUAAAAGCAAAGAGGAGACGUGAUAUCGAUGAGAAGAUCAAUAGGAGAUUAUCGUGGAUGACCUCGGAUCAGAAGGAGGAGAUCAAGAAGAUGUACGCUUCUGGAAAGCCGCAAGCAGAUAUCCGAGCGAAAAUCUUCGAAUAUCUAAGUGCCCUGGAAGGGCCGGCCGGUGUUGCUGCCAAAGAACAGACGCAGAAGGAGUGCUAUAAGUGGAUGGAAGAUGUGGCAACUACGGAAGAAAUAGCUGCGCUGCACAAAAUGCAUGAGACGGAUCACGAUGGCUGCAAGAAAAAAGUGCGCGAGUUCAUGGGUCGAUUGUCCGCCGACAGAAAGGCGGAAGUCGAGAAAAAUCUUCCGUUCUGCGAAAAAGUAUGGUACGGUGAUCACGAUCACCACGGUCAUCAUGGACAUCAUGGACGUCGUCAUUUGGCGGAGAGAAGACGCCGUCAUUUGCAUGCGAUCGACAAGUUCCUCGAUUGGUUGACACCUGAGCAGAAGAACACACUUGAGGACAUUGAGAAAAGCGGGAAGCAUUUUGACGAAGUGGUCGCUAAAGUCAAGGAGUUCUAUGGUGCACUCCCCGAGGAAAAGAAGGCAGAACUGAAAACCAACUUUAAGUCGCAAUGCUCUGCUCGGGUGAAAGAAGUGGCAACUCCGGAAGAGAUGGAAAGCAUCAAACAAAUGCACGAAUCGAAGAAUCAUGCCGAUUUGAAGAAGAAGCUGUCCGAGCUUGAGAAUAGGUUGACUGAAGAGCAGAAGCAUACGGUGGAGCAUGUACGCGAAGUGUGCUUUGGAGUAUGGGAGUUGGAGAACACUCGCAGGAGACGAGAUCAUCACGAACACCACAUCGACGAAGAUAUGGAGAAGUACUUGACGUGGUUAACAGCAGAACAGAAGGAAAAAGUGAAGGAAACGUUCGAGAAGGACCGUGAAGCAGCUUACAAAAUGAUUAUGGAAAUGUUCGAAUCAUCCAGCGGCGAAGUGAAAUCGAAAGCAACCGAAGAGCUCAAAUCUGCAUGUAAACAUUACGGAAGAGAUAUCCUCGGCGACAAAAACGCGGACCUCAUCAAAGAGAUGAGGGAAACCGGUGCCACAAAUGAAGCUAUUAUGAAAAAAAUCGAAGAAAUGAUCGCCGAGAUGACGGACGAUGAUCGAAAGAUGAAGGCGGGACAUCUAACGGCUGGAUGCAAAAAAAUCUACGGGGCAGGAAGAACUCGUCGAGAUCAUCACCAUCAUACUCUCGAAGAGGCGUUCGAGAAGUAUCUGACCUGGUUGAAUGACGAACAGAAGGAGGAGCUGAAGUCGUUGAAGGAAAGUGGUGACAAGGAAGGGAUCUACAAAAAGAUCCUGGAGUAUUUUGAUGGCACCUCCGGAGAGACGAAAGUAAAAGCUGCUGAGGAGUUGCAGGCGGCAUGCAAGCACUACAUCAAGGAUUUCCUUGGUGACGAAAAAGCAGCGGAAUUCCGGCAAAUGAAGGAAAGCGGUGUGUCGGUCAGUGAGAUUGCGAAGAAAGUGGAAGAAGCGAUAGAGGCGAUCACUGACGAUGCGCUGAAGUCGAAGGCACAAAAAGCUUCGAUCGCUUGCAAGCGUGUGUUUGAUGUGCCAAAACGCCUCAGGAGGGAUCACCAUGAGCACUCUUUCGAGGAGGCGAUGGAGAAGUACUUGUCGUGGCUGACUGACGACCAGAAGAUCGAAAUGAAAUCACUCCACGAUGCUGGUGACAAAACCACAAUGUACGAGAAGAUCAUGGAGAUGUUCGAGGCAGCAACUGGUGAAACGAAGGAAAAGGCGGCUAAGGAACUGAAAGGUGCUUGCAAACACUACGUUAAGGACCUCAUUGGUGAUGAGAAUGCAGAGAAAAUUCGUGAGAUGAAGGAGAGCGGUGCUUCGAAUGACGAGAUCGCCACCAAGGUUGAAGAGAUGAUCGAAGAAAUUGCUGAUGAUGAGAAAAAAUCACGAGCAUUGAAAGCGUCAACGUACUGCAGAAAGAUCUACUCCGCCAGCAGUCGCAUGCGACGGGAUCACCACGACCACGAACACAACAUCGAGGAAGCUAUGGAGAAGUACUUGUCGUGGUUGACUGAGGACCAAAAAGCAGACGUUAAAAAAGUGUUCGAGGCGGAGGGACGUCCGGCUGUGUAUAAGAAAGUGUUGGAGUGGUACGAGUCAGCUGAGGGCGACGUUAAGGAGAAGGCCACCACAGAGUUGAAAGCUGCCUGCAAACACUACGUCAAAGAUCACAUAGGAGAGGAACAAGCUGAGAAACUGAAGGAAAUGAAGGAUAGUGGAGCCACAAAAGAAGAGAUUGCGGCGAAAGUGGACGAGUUCAUCGCUUCUAUUACGGAUGAGAAGAAGAAGGAGCAGGCCACGAGAGCUUCUGUUGCGUGCAAGAAGAUCUACGGCGUUAAGGCUAGCCGUAUGCGACGAGAUUACCAUGAUCAUAAGCACAGUCUGGAAGAAGCUAUGGAGAAGUGGCUGACAUGGCUCAACGAGGAUCAGAAAGCAGAACUGAAGAAGAUCUCUGACGCUGAAGGUCGUGAAGCUGUGUACAACAAAAUUAUGGAAUAUUUUGAUGAGUCCAGCGGUGAAAAGAAGGAAAAAGCUGCCUUCGAACUAAAAGCCGCCUGCAGACACUACAUUACAGACGCUAUCGGCCAAGAGAAUGCGGAAAAAAUCAAGGAAAUGAAAGAGAAGGAUUUCCCACACAAGGAAAUUGCGGACAAAGUAAGGGAGUUUAUUGAAGCUAUUUCUGACACGAAAAAGAAGGAGGAAGCGCUUCGUGCAGCAAAAGGCUGCGAGAAAGUUUACGGUGUCGUUCAGCGGAUGAAGAGGGACCAUCACGACCACGAACACAGUCUGAAAGAAGCUAUGGAGAACUAUUUGACGUGGUUGAGCGAGGAUCAGAAGGGUGAGGUGAAAAAAUUGUUCGAAGACGAAGGGCGUUCAGCUGCGUACAAAAAAGUAAUGGAAUAUUUUGAAUCUGCCAGCGGUGAUGUUAAAGAAAAAGCCGCUACUGAACUGAAAGCUGCUUGCAAGCACUACGUCAAGGAUUACAUCGGAGAGGAGAAUACUAAUAAGAUCAAGGAAAUGAAGGAGAGUGGAGCAAGUAAUGAGGCCAUCGCCACUAAAAUCGAAGAGUUUAUCGCAGCAAUCACGGACGAGGAGAAAAAAGCACGAGCGCUGAAGAUGUCUGCAGGUUGUAAGAAGAUCUACGGCGUGGCUCGUCGUAUGAGAAGGGACCAUCACCACAAUCUGGAAGAAGCUAUGCAAAAAUAUCUUACAUGGAUGAAUGACGAGCAAAAGACUGAGUUCAAGAAGACUCUGGAAGGUGGAGAUCGUCUAGCUGCGUACAAGAAGGUGUUCGAAUACUUCGAGACUACCACUGGUGAGUCGAGAACAAAAGCGGCCGCAGAGUUGAAAUCCGCUUGUAAGCACUACGUCAAGGAUUUGAUAGGAGAGGAGAAGGCUGCCAGGAUAAGGCAUCUGAAGGAGAGCGGUGCCACCAACGAAGCGAUUGCUCAAGAACUUGACGCGAUCAUCUCUCUGAUACCGAACGAGAAGAAACGAAUGGAAGCACAACACGCUGCGGGGGACUGCAAGAGGAUCUACGGCCUGGUGCAUCGUAGGCGAAGGGACCAUCAUGAACCGAAGCUGGAGGAGGCGUUAGGAAAAUAUUUGACUUGGCUCAAUGAUGACCAGAAAAAUGAACUGAAACAGUUGAAGGAGAAGGGGGAUCGUGAAGCGAUUUACAAGAAGAUUAUGGAGUAUUUCGAGUCGGCUACCGGUGAUGUUAAGGAGAAGGCGACCGAAGAGCUGAAAAGUGGAUGCAAACACUAUAUAAUUGCUUUCCUGGGUAAGGAGAAAGCCGACGAGCUGAAGGCGAUGAAAGAUUCUGGUGCAUCUCAAGAAGAAAUGGCGAAAAAAGUCGAUGAAGCCAUAGAAGCCAUCGCUGAUGAAGAGAAGAAGGCGAAGGCGAAGAAGGCGGCGGUUUCAUGUCGUAAGAUCUACGGUGUGACGAAGGCGCGUCGUCAUCUCGUCAAGUAUUCGGCACUGAAGCCCCUUCCGAGCGGUCUGUGCGCGCCUGGUUCCAAGCGUUUCAAAGCCGGAAAUAAGAAACUCGAAGAUGAGCCUCGCUCUGGUCGACCGACUGCAAUAUCGUUCGACGAACUAAAGAAUCUGGCGGAGCAGCAUCCAUAUGAAGGUGUGCGGUAUUUUGCUGCCAGACUUGGCUGUUCGCUGUCCACCGUGAGCAAUGGACUGCGAUCUGUCGGAAUGGUGAAAAAGCUCGUUCAGUGGCUCCCACAUGCAUUGAGCGACGGCAACCGCCAAAGACGCCUAAACAUCUGCACUCAGCUGCUCUCCAGAAGCCGCAAAUUCGACUGGCUGGACACCAUUGUCACCGGAGAUGAAAAAUGGUUCCUCUACGUGAACCACACCCUCAAAAGUGCGUGGUGCGCUAGCGAUGAAGUGCCGGAUCCUUUCGUGAAAGGUGGAAUCCAUGAGAAGAAGGUCAUGCUGAGCGUCUGGUGGGGAGUUCAUCGAAUCUACCAUUUCGAACUGCUGCCGUACAACAUGACAGUUACUGCCGAGGUCUACUGCGCCCAACUGCAAAGGGUGGCCGACAAGAUCCGCAAGGAGCACCCGAAGCUCGAUAACAUUCGCCUGCUGCACGAUAGCGCGCGUUCUCACAUUGCGAAGAAGACUUCCCAGAAAAUUCAGGAGCUCGGGUGGAAAGUUCUACUGCACCUACCAUACAACCCGGACCUGGCCCCGGGCGACUAUCACCUCUUCCGAUCGCUUCAGCAUCACCUGGAAGAGAAGCGCUACGAUGAUCGUGACCUCGAAAAUGACCUUCGGGCUUCCCUCCAAGUCGCCGGAGCUCUGCGCCAAAGGAAUCCGUGA